AUGGAGAGCGCCGAGACACGAAAGCAGGGCUUGCUUUUGUGGUUCUCGUUGAUUUGGAGCAUUGUACUCCUUGGCUUCACCGCCUAUGUGUUUGAGUCCUUCCUGGGCGGCUGGCUCGCGUCUCAGCGCCAGGUCCUCGGGAAAUGCCUUGACGGGCGUCCGGCUGGGGACGCCUGGAGCACCGCUGAGUUCUCCAUCCGGCCGCGGGCAUUGUCAUUCAAGGAGAAGUGGGAACCGAGUACUGAGACACCGGAGAUCAAUUGCCACUUCCCGGUCUUCGUGUACCGCUGCCCCUCCUGGGCCUCCCUUGACUCCUUUGAGGAGUGUAAGGAGGAUUCCACAGAUUUGCCCAUGUUACACCGUGCACGCCAAGAAAAGACAGGGGUGUUCUGCUGGGGCAAGUUGGGAUUCUACAUGUGGGACACACAUCGGUGCGCUUCUGACGUUUGGAAUUGCACCACCGGCGCUUGUUCUGGUUACCUUAAGAGCGAGCGCCUUUGUGCUGCAGAGUUGCGGUCUGAAGCCUACGCUUGCUGGUUCGAUCCUGUGAAUCCAGCAGUGGGAGUACAGACAAGGAGGUACGAGUAUUGCACCUGGACGGGGUUGCUUGCUCUGGUGCUUGCAGUUCUGACCACGGUGGCUAGUGCAUCAUCAACAUAUUUUGGGAGCAAGUUGGUUCGCGGACUUUCUGAGAGGGGAUUCCUUGAGCGCUCUAGGGUGCGAGAGUUCAUUUGCGGUCCUAUUCCCAAAUAUGCCUUGCUCAUCAUUUGCCUGAUAGCUCUCAUCGUCUUCACCGAAGCAGUUCUCUUCUGCUUGCUGCUGCCGGGCCAGACAUACUACAGCAUUUGGGGAGCAGCGGAACUUCCGUCCUCUGAGUCGCUCCGGGUCUCCGACCUGCACGGCCUUCAUUCGGAAGCGGAAAGCCCCGUGUCCUACGGCUUCAAUCAGCCCUCCUUCUUGGCACGAGCUGCGCGCAUCAGCGUGCUGGUGUUCCAGAUCUAUUUGAUGAUUGCCCUCCUCGUCGUGAGUAUUCUCGUCAUUAUCAAGUACUCGGCUCGCUCUCGCACGCGGCCCUCGAACGGUGACUAUUUGCGCCUGCCACAGUGA